UAGCCUGGUCUCUCCAGGUGAGGCUGAGCCAGCCUGGUCUCCUGCCAUGGGAGGGGCCGUGGUGGAUGAUGGUCCCACAGGAGUCAAGGCCCCAGACGGGGGCUGGGGCUGGGCCGUGCUCCUGGGCUGCUUCGUCAUCACCGGCUUCUCCUACGCCUUUCCGAAGGCCGUGAGCGUCUUCUUCAAGGAGCUCAUGCGUGAAUUCGGGAUUGGCUACAGUGACACGGCCUGGGUCUCCUCCAUCCUCCUGGCCAUGCUGUACGGCACAGGCCCGCUCUGCAGCGUGUGCGUCAACCGCUUCGGCUGCCGCCCCGUCAUGCUCGUGGGCGGCCUCUUCGCAUCCCUGGGCAUGGUGGCCGCGUCCUUCUGCAGAAGCAUCGUCCAGGUCUAUCUCACCACAGGGGUCGUCACCGGCCUGGGCCUGGCCUUCAACUUCCAGCCCUCGCUCAUCAUGCUCAACCGCUACUUCAGCGUGCGCCGCCCACUGGCCAACGGGCUGGCGGCAGCGGGCAGCCCGGUGUUCCUGUGCGCCCUGUCCCCGCUCGGGCAGCUGCUGCAGGACCGCUAUGGCUGGCGUGGCGGUUUCCUCAUCCUGGGCGGCCUGCUGCUCAACUGCUGCGCCUGUGCGGCUCUCAUGCGGCCCCUGCAGGCCACCCCGGCUGGCCCAGGAAGGCGGGCGCCCCCGGCCCCUGCUCGGCGGCUGCUGGACCUGAGUGUCUUCCGGGACCGCGGCUUCGUGCUCUACGCCGCCGCCGCCUCCAUCAUGGUGCUGGGGCUCUUCGUGCCCCCUGUAUUCGUGGUGAGCUACGCCAAGGACCUGGGCGUGCCCGACACGCGGGCAGCCUUCCUGCUCACCGUGCUGGGCUUCAUCGACAUCUUCGCACGGCCGGCCGCUGGCCUGCUUGCCGGGCUGCCAAGAGUGCGGCCCUACUCCGUCUACCUCCUCAGCUUCGCCAUGUUCUUCAACGGCUUUGCCGACCUCACGGGCUCCACGGCAGGCGACUACGGCGGCCUGGUGGUCUUCUGCGUCUUCUUUGGCAUCUCCUACGGCAUGGUGGGGGCGCUGCAGUUCGAGGUGCUCAUGGCCAUCGUGGGCACCCGCAAGUUCUCCAGCGCCAUCGGCCUGGUGCUGCUCCUGGAAGCUGUAGCCGUGCUCAUUGGACCCCCAUCGGGCGGCAAGCUCCUGGACGCGACGCAUGUGUACCAGUACGUGUUCAUCCUGGCAGGGGCCGAGGUGCUCGCUGCUUCCCUGGUGCUGCUGCUGGGCAACCUCUGCCUGAGGAAAGGGCCUCGGGAGCCACCACCCGAGGCAGCAGCCCCGCAGAAGCCCCACCAGCCCCCUGCGGACGAGACAGUGGACUCUCGGGAGGUGGAACACUUCCUGAAGGCAGAGUCUGAGAAAAACGGGGAGGUCACCCACACCCCAGAAACGAGCGUGUGAGCGGCCUGGGGCUAGAGGGUGCAGGGAACAGGGAGAGAGACUGGCAAGGCUCGAGCUCGUUUCACCAGCAGGAGUAGCUCAGGUGUACCAUGGGCUACCAGCCGGCUGGCAGCAGGUCGGCCCGGGAGUGGUGGUUGAGGGGAGGUGGCGUGAGCAGCAAGUCAUGCCAGAGACCCGUGGUGAGGCCAGGCCAGCUCCAGGUGCCCACACCAGGGUCCUGGCCUCUGCCCUGGCAGCCCAGUGGCCACCGCUGUGCUCAAGGACCUAGACAGCCACGCUUCGGAGACAGCACAACUUUAAUGAGGGCAGGGCUGCUGCCUGACCGUGCCUGGGCCUGCCGUGCAGCUCGGCCUUCUCCGAGCAUCCAGGGGACGGAGCUCCUCCCAUCCCGCACGUCUGUGGGGCUCGCCGCUCACGCCUGCCGAGAUGCCACCUGGUUAUUACAAAGUGCUCUAGCCCUC